UCAACUCUCUCAGAAUUUAAUUACUUUUCCCUUAACUUACUGCAACUCGUGUAUAUUAUGGAUUAUAUUCCCUAGAGGUAUAAAUACCCCAAGCAAUAAGGUAAUGAGUAUUAGAAUUGAUUCAUCUGCAGUAGCAGCAGUUCCUUGCACAUCUUAACACCAUCAUUCAAUAAAUAAAAAAAAUAAAUAAAUAAAAUAAUAGAACCACAAAAAAAUGUCUUCUCCAUCAGUCAAGAUUCUUUUUACACUAAAUUGGUUUUGUUUAUUGUUAAUAUUUUGCAAUAAUACACCGUCAUGUGAGGGUAUUCAAAAAUUGUGUGGCAAAAAAUUGCCCGACACAUUGGAUAUGCUUUGUGAGAAUGGUUUUGGAACUAAAACCAAGAAAUCAAUUUUAGUUGACCCAGUGGAAUAUUAUAAUGACAUCGAUGGUGAAGAUCUCAUAUCGCCUUUUGGUCAGUUUCCCUUUAUUUCACAAUAUGAAGCCAACGCUCUGGCCAAAAGCCGUCGCAGGAGAUUUGGUAUUGCUGAUGAAUGUUGCAAGAAAGCUUGUACAAUGGCUGAGUUAAGAAGCUAUUGCCUUUAAGAUUGGAAGGCGGGAUUUUAAUGAAGGAACUGUGAAGGUUUAGUUUAAGAACGAUAAGAAAGAUCUGCAAUGCUUGAAAAUAUAUUUAAGCUUCGCUUUAGUUUUGAUUAUGAUCAAAACAAAAAAUUUGAUUAAAAAAUACUGAUAAU